ACGCGCAAAAUUUGAAAGUUCACCCGGAAACAGUGGACAGCAGAAGAUAGGGUUUUUGCGCAUUUGACUUUUAUCAAUGUAAAAAAAAAAACAACUCUUAAUACCUGCAUGGCAGUCUGGUUAUCUGUGSUUCGGAAACCAUGUUGAAAUUUAAAUACGUGAGUCAGGGAAGCCUGAAAACGCUCUGUACCUCCGCUGACCCCAUCACRACCCGCAGCUUGAGACUCAACCAGGUGUUUCAGGGAAGAGUGAGCCUGUGUGGGCAGCAGGGAGGAGGAUGCUCUUUAGGACGGGAGGAGUUUCUGGAGGCUCUUCUGCAACUUUACCAAGAGUGCACCUCCCCGGAGCUGAUGAAAAUACAUCAUGUGGCCAACUUUGUCAAGAAAUAUUCUGAAGUGGUCUCAGAGCUGCGGACCCUGCAGCCAGGACCUGAGGACUUUGAGCUUCGUGCGGUGGUGGGUCGCGGCCGCUUUGCUGAAGUCCAAGUGGUCCGAGAGAAAGCCACCGGAGACGUGUGUGCCCUUAAAGUGAUGAACAAGAUGGUGUUACGCACUCAAGAAAAUGUGGUUUUUCACGAGGAGGAACGGAAGAUCCUGUCUCUGAACAGUAGUCCCUGGAUUCCACAGCUCUUAUAUGCCUUUCAGGACAAAGAUAAUGUCUACCUGGCAAUGGAGUACUUGCCAGGAGGUGACCUCAUGUCUCUGCUGAACCGAUACGAGGAUCAGUUUGAUGAGUCAGUUGCUCAGUUUUAUUUGGCUGAGCUGGUAGAGGCCAUUCAUGCUGUCCACCAGCUGGGUUACGUCCACAGGGAUGUAAAACCAGAAAACAUUCUCAUCGAUCGGACCGGACAUAUUAAGCUAGCUGAUUUUGGAUCAGCUGCAAAGUUGAAUGCAAACAAAACGGUGGCCAUCACCACAGUACCUGUUGGGACCCAAGAUUUCCUCUCCCCUGAGGUCCUGAGUGCUAUUAGCGGGGGUUCUCACAGCUCCUAUGGGAUUGAGUGRGACUGGUGGUCCCUUGGGGUCAUUGCUUAUGAAAUGAUUUAUGCUAAGUCUCCUUUUUCUGGAGACACGUCCACCAAGACCYUUCACAAUAUUCUCAACUUCCAGCGUUACUUAAAGUUUCCAGAGGAGCCACGUGCCAGUAAGCAGUUUGUUGACUUGGUGCAGAGCCUGCUGUGUGAUGCAAAAGAGCGCCUGGGUUUCCAGGGACUCUGCUGUCACUCUUUCUUCUCGAGUAUAGAUUGGAAGAACUUGCGACAAGUUCUUCCGCCUUUCGUUCCUGCAUUGCAUGCUGAGGAUGACACCUCUAAUUUUGAGGAGCCGGAGCAGGCUGCCCCCUGGCCAGCCUCAGCAAGCCAACGAGGAGCUCAGCCAGCGGGCUUUCAGGGCCAGGAUCUGCCCUUUCUAGGCUGGUUCUUCAGCAGACCUUUAACAGCAUUGGCCAAAACUGAGUCAGUGUCUGCAGGUCUAAACUCUCCUGCUAAGACCAACUCUAUGGAAAAGAAACUGCAUCUUAAAAGCAAAGAUUUACAAGAAACUCAAGACAAAUGCCAUAAGAUGGAGCAGGAAAUCUCCAGGUUCCAGCGUAAAAUGACUGACCUGGAGUCGGUUCUCCACCAGAAGGAUGUGGAGCUGAAAGCCUCAGAGACUCAGAGAAGCAUCCUGGAGCAGGAUCUCGCCACCUACAUCACUGAAUGCAGCAGCCUGAAGAGAAGCUUGGAGGAGGCCCGUGUUGAGGUCUCCAGAGAGGACGACAAGGCCAUGCAGCUGCUGCAUGACAUAAGAGAACAGGGCAACAAGCUGCAAGAAAUUAAGGAACAAGAGUACCACGCCCAGCUGGAGGAGAUGCAGGUGACCAUCAGGCAGCUGGAGGAGGACCUGUCGGCCGCGCGGCGCCGCAGUGACCUCUAUGAAGCGGAGCUCCGAGACUCCAGACAAACCAGCGAGGAGCUCAAACGAAAAGCUGUGGAAUAUCAGCAGAGAAUCCAAAAGGCUAAAGAGCAGGGGAAAGCUGAGGUGGAGGAGCUUCUCUCCAAGCUUGAGAAGACUAACUCUGAACAACAAGUGAAAAUKCAAGAACUCCAGGACAAACUGUCCAAGGCAGUCAAAGCGAGCACAGAAGCCACUGAGCUGCUGCAGAACGUCCGACAGGCCAAGGAGCGGCUGGAACGAGAUCUGGAGCGCCUGCGAGGGAAAACGGACUCCAGCGACACUUUAAAGCGCCGUCUAAGAGAGACGGAGCAGGAGGGUCGGAAGACCCUAGAAAACCAGGUAAAGAGGCUGGAGAUGGUUGAGCGGCGGGAGAAUAAGCUGAAAGAUGACAUUCAGACCAAAUCCCAGCAGAUCCAGCAGAUGGCUGAAAAGAUCCUGGAACUGGAAGAGAACCUGAGGGAGGCCCAGUCUACAGCUCAGAGGAUGGAAACCCAGCUUGUUCAAAAGGAGAGGCUUUUCGAAGAUAAGAUCAAGGUGCUGGAAGCCCAGAUGAAGACGGACAUGGCUGAGAAGGAGAGCCUCGAGGUGAAAAGGGCGCAGCAGGAGGAGGAGUCCAGGGAGAACUGCAAACUCAUCAGUGAACAGAAAGCAACCAUCAAUGCUAUGGAUUCAAAGAUGAAGAAUCUGGAGCAGCGCAUCGCUGAGCUGUCCGAGGCUAACAAGCUGGCCGCUAACAGCAGCAUCUACACCCAGAAGAAUAUGAAAGCCCAAGAGGAGAUGAUCUCAGAACUUCGGCAGCAAAAGUUUUAUUUGGAGUCUCAAGCGGGCAAGCUCGAGGCCCAGAAUGCCAAGUUAGAGGAGCAUUUAGAGAAACUAAGUCAGCAGGAACAAACCAGGAGGACCCGGCUGCUGGAGCUGGAGAGCCGGUUACGGGAGAUGGGCUUAGAACAUGAAGAGGAGAAACUGGAAAUUAAGAGACAGGUGUCCGAGUUGACCCUGUCUCUCCAAGAGCGCGAGUCCCAGAUCAGCAGCCUGCAGGCAGCACGGCUCGCUUUGGAGAGUCAGCUGCAGCAAGCUAAGACCGAGCUGGAGGAGACCACRGCUGAGGCCGAGGAGGAGAUCACCGCGCUGAGGAACCACAGAGAUGAGAUUCAGCGCAAAUUUGAUGCCUUAAGAGACAGUUGCUCAGUGAUCACUGACCUGGAGGAACAGCUUACUCAGCUGAGCCAGGAGAACGCCGAGCUGAACCGCCAGAACUUCUACCUGUCAAAACAGCUCGACGAAGCAUCAGACGAGCGGGAGGACAAGCUGCAGCUCAGCCAGGAGGUGGACCGCCUCAGGAGGGAGGUGGCUGACCGCGAGAUGCACCUCAACAACCAGAAACAGAACAUUGAGACACUGAAGACAACAUGCAGCAUGUUGGAGGAGCAGGUGGUGGAGCUGGAGUCUCUAAACGACGAGUUGCUGGAGAAGGAGAGGCAGUGGGAGGCGUGGAGGGGCGCGCUGGAGGAUGAAAAAAACCAAGCGGAGCGACGCACCAGAGACAUGCAGAGACUUCUGGAUAAUGAAAAACAGAACAGGCUGCGUGCAGAGCAGCGCAGCACGGAGUCUCGUCAGGCCGUGGAGCUGGCGGUUAAAGAACAUAAGGCUGAGAUAAUGGCCUUACAGCAGGCCUUAAAGGAGCAACGGCUGAAGGCUGAAAGUCUGUCUGAUACACUCAAUGAUCUGGAGAAGAAACACGCCAUGCUGGAGAUGAACGCCCGCAGCUUACAACAGAAACUGGAGACGGAGAGAGAACUCAAACAGAGGCUGAUGGAAGAGCAAGGGAAGCUGCAGCAGCAAAUGGACCUCCAAAAAAGCCACAUUUUCCGUUUGACUCAAGGCCUUCAAGAUGCCCUGGACCAAACGGACAUGCUCAAAACUGAAAGGACAGAUCUGGAGUACCAGCUGGAAAAUAUACAGGCUGUUUACUCCCACGAGAAAGUGAAGAUGGAAGGGACCAUCUCCCAGCAGACCAAACUCAUCGACUUCCUGCAGGCCAAAAUGGACCAGCCCACCAAAAAAAAGAAGGGUAUAUUUGGGCGGCGGCGGGAGGAUGUAGGCACCACCACCAAUGGGGCGCUAGCUCAGCAGGCCCAGCCGGCUGUUCCCAUGCAGUACGGUGACAUGAAAGUAGCUCUGGACAAGGAGCGCUCACGGUGUGCAGAGCUAGAAGACGCCUUACACAAGAUGAGGAUAGAGUUACGAUCCCUUAGAGAAGAAGCGGCUCAUUUCAAAGCACAGGAGCACGUGGCUCCCUCCACYCCGGCCCAGGCCCGACAUCAGAUCCUCAUGUCCGCCAUCGUCAAAUCACCGGAGCAUCAACCCAACCCCAGCAGCCUGCUCAACCCCUCCACUCGCUGCAAGGAGACAUCUACACCUGAAGAAAAGAGGAGGGUCACGUUUGAAAAGUUCGGUCGUCGCGUCAAAGAGAGAAUGCAUCACAACAUCCCCCAUCGCUUCACCGUGGGCCUGAACAUGAGGGCUGCCAAAUGUGCCGUCUGCCUGGACACUGUUCAUUUUGGACGACAGGCUGCCACUUGCUUAGAGUGCCACACCUUGUGUCACCCUAAAUGCUCACCAUGUCUGCCAGCCACCUGCGGUCUGCCGGCUGAGUAUGCCACUCACUUCUCAGAGGCUUUGUGCCGAGAAAAGGCAAACUCUCCUGCACUACAAGUCAAAGAAGCGACGGGACACGUUCGUUUGGAGGGAUGGAUGAAGCAGCCAAGAAAUGCAAAGCGUGGCCAACAAGGGUGGGAGAGGAAGUAUGUGGUUCUUGAUGGAACCAAAUUGUCAAUCUAUGACAAUGAGCCCAGGGAAGACUGUGUAAAGGCUGAGGAGGAGUUUGAGCUCUGUUUACCCGAUGGAGACGUGACCGUUCAUGGAGCUGUCGGCACGUCUGAGCUCAUCAACACCGCCAAGUCAGAUAUCCCAUAUGUUUUGAAGCUCGAGUCCCAUCCCCACACCACCUGCUGGCCAGGACAGUCCCUCUACUUCAUGGCUCCCAGCUUCCCUGACAAGCAGCGCUGGGUGGCCGUGCUGGAGUCGGUUGUGGCUGGAAGUCGUGGAUCUAAAGACAAAGCAGAAGCUGACGCUGCAGGUGGUUCUAAAAGACAGAAGAACCUGUCCCCUCUGGUUCAGAAACUUCUGGGCAAUUCUCUGCUGAAACUGGAGGGUGAUGAUCGCUUGGACAUCAACUGCACCCUGCCUCUCACCGACCAGAUUGUCUUGGUUGGCUCUGAGGAAGGGUUGUAUGCCCUCAACGUCAUUAAAAACUCUUUGACCCACAUCCCUGGCCUGACCUCAGUUUUCCAGAUCCAGAUCUUAAAGGAGCUUGAUAAGCUGCUGAUGAUCACAGGGGAGGAGAGAGCUUUGUGUCUGGUGGAAAUCAAGAAGGUGAAGCAGUCUUUGUCCCAGUCUCAUCUCCCAGCUCAGCCUGACCUCCAUCCCUUCAUCUUUGAGACGGUGAAGGGAUGCCACCUCUUCUCCUCCGGCAAGAUUGAUAAUGGGCUCUGUAUCUGCGCCGCUAUGCCUAACAAGAUUACAAUUCUGCGAUAUAAUGAAAGCCUCAACAAGUUCUGCAUCAGAAAGGAGAUUGAGACAUCAGAGCCGUGCAGCUGCAUUCACUUCACCGGCUACAGCAUCAUUAUUGGCACCAACAAGUUCUAUGAGAUAGAGAUGAAGCAGUAUGUGCUGGAAGAGUUCUUGGAUAAAAACGACGUUACGCUAGCUUCAGCUGUCUUUGCUGCAUCCUCCCACAGCUUCCCAAUCUCCAUCAUCCAAGUCACCACAGCCCCACAGAAGGAUGAAUACCUGCUCUGUUUUCAUGAGUUCGGUGUGUUUGUGGAUACAUACGGCCGCAGGAGUAGAACCGACGAUAUCAAAUGGAGCCGUCUGCCCCUCUCAUUUGCCUACAGAGAGCCCUACCUGUUUGUGACGUACUUCAACUCUCUGGAUGUAAUAGAGAUCCAGGGACACUCUGCUCUCGGGCCACACUCUUACGCACACUUGGACAUCCCAAACCCACGCUACCUGGGCCCGGCCAUCUCCUCCGGAGCCAUCUACUUGGCCUCUUCCUACCAGAACAAGCUGCGGGUGAUUUGCUGCAAAGGCAAUUUGGUGCAGAGUCAGGAAGGUGGAGGAGAUCUGCAGCGCAACGGCUCCGGGCGCAGUCCUAACAAGCGCGGGCCCCCCUCCUACAAUGAGCACAUCUCGAAACGACUCGCCUCCAACCCUCUGGUCCAUGGCGACCCCGGCACACCUCACCGCUACAGAGAGGCUCGCACAGAGUUUCGGCGGGACAAGUCCCCCAGCCGUCCACUGGAGAGAGAGAAGUCUCCUGGCAGAAUGCUGGAGAGCCGGAUCGCGGGUUCUCCCGGCAGGGCCAUGGCUGACCCCCGGUUAGAGAGGUCCCCGGGUCGAGCCAUGGCAGACCCUCGCAUGGACCGCUCCCCCGGCCGGAUGAUGGAUGUUCGAAGGGAGAGAUCUCCUGGACGAUUCGAAGAGCGACAGAGGCUUCACACUGGCUCUGGACGCACACCUAUAAACCCUGUUAACAAGGUGUGGGACCAAUCAUCUGUUUAAGAGGGCCGCMGAGCUACACGUCCAUUCGUCACGAACGGAGAAACUCUGCUUUGCAAAGCUGACGAGCAGAGAAUCUGCGAGAAUGUUACCAACUCAUCGAGAAACACUGCCACGUCUGUUCUAAAAUUAAAAGACCCUCGCAAGAAAACAACUGUAGCUUUCAGAAAUUCAAGCGAAGUCAUUCAGAUUAGGGUAUUUUUUUUCAAUAAAGAUCAAUAAAAGGCCAUACUGAACACCUGAGCAGGGAUUCUGUGAUGAUUUUUCGCAGAUAGUCUGCUCCAGAUGUGGAUUAACAAUUAGACCUGAGAAGAGUUCAGCUGACUUCAAAACAGUGGAGACUAAGAAAUAAGCACAGUCAUAGAAACUUUAUUUUUCAGUCAUGUCUAAAUAGUUACACACUGAAAAGGGCGAGGCUGAUCAAAAAUAGCAUUAAUAAAUGUGUUSCGCAAAAAUACCCAUCUGUCCACAGUAGCUACAGACCAGGACAGGCGUGUAGCAGGUCGCCUCUUCGACCACUCACAGCUCACAAUCAGUCGACUAAUUACAAUCAUUUCAGCUCAGUCGUCUGUCAGCUGCUGACAGGACUUAGCYGGAGAACAAAAUCCACCGAGCCGCUCCGUAGAACCACACUCGAGAUCAUCGUCUGCCCUUUAGAGCUUGACGCUGACCGUGCACUACCCACGACCCCCAGCAGCGACGGAGCAGCAACUUUCUAAARCCUUCAGAUCACAAUCUGACGUGUAAAUAGACGAGACAUAAUUUUAUACAUAUAUACUGAGAGGGAAUUUCAAGGCUGGAAAAAGCCGUGUCUAUUUUUGUUAAAGAACAAAGUGAUAAAGUGUCCUCUUGAAUGUCCAAUGAGUAUUCUUUUAACAUGUCCUAGCGUCUUUAUCAAGUGAGUGAUUGUAUCUGGAUCAAACUUGUGUACGCACACCCGUUUGUCAAAAGGCAAAACCUCAGUGCUGAACUAUAUGAAGGAAUGUGGUGGGGGGAGGGGAGGGGGGUCAUGUUUGGAGCUUUCAUUGUAUUUGAUCUUUUUUUUUGUACAGUGUCCCUUACUGUCGUGUAUCUAACCUAAACAGGUUAAAGGUGAAGAUUACUAUUUUGUUUUUCUUUUCCCCUCCUGAUUUGUAAAUGGCAUGGAUAUGUAUAUCUGAAAUGAAACCAAGUGCUGUCUUCUGCUUCUGCCUCAUUGGGUUUCUAUUUUAACUGCAGUGGAACAACACAAACACAUGAYUGAUCACCUCGUUCUUUUCACCUUUUUUUCCUGUUAUUUAAGGCAACAAUAACUAAAUUUUCCCCUCUUUUUCUUGACACUAAGUUAGUUAGUCUAAUCUGAAAAUUUGCCAAAUUCCCUGCAUUUAUUUGCUUAAUUUAACCAAGACAGUUUUAUUUCUGAAAAUCUCCAUUUGAUUUAUAUUUUAAUUUAAUCAUGUUUUUUUAAUGAAAGAUGAUGAUAUACCUCACUUGAACUUGCCCCAUGUGUCUAUCAACAUUUUUGUGCUCGGUAGGAUUUUUUUUCCUACAGCUGUGAUUUUAAUUUUGAAUUUUGUUUUUAUUAACUUCCUGAAUGUAAAGUAAAGCAGAUGGAAACUGAUUUACUGGUUUUUUAAAGCAUCAAAAAGGAAAUGCAACAAAUUGCACACAUGUUCAGUUGGUUCUUAUAGGACUCUGUACAAAAGGGUUUCUCCGUCYUUUUAUUUGGCUUUAUUUUUAUAUUUUUACGUUUCUUUAUGCUUUUCAUCAUCCUGAUUAUAAUGCUCUUWUGCUGGAUAUGAUCUUGAUGUCUGCUAACAAAUGUUUAAUUAGCGUUCCCUGUAGAGAUUUUGUCACAGAAUAUUAAAUAUUGUAAUCAUUGUCUUUCACUUCUAAUUUGUGCCUUUGUGUUUUGCUUGAGUUAUUAUAAACUUUACACAAAGAACMUAA